AUGAAUAAUAAACGGCAAUGGCUUUUUAUUGCUAUUAUAACAACUGUUAAUAAAAUAAUUCAUAUUGAAGCACAACCGUUUGUCGGAGCACGGUGCAAUCCUUACAAUACAGUAUCUGGAUCAAGAAAAUUACUUGAAAAGAAUCUAUCACCUUGCUAUUUAUCACCAAUGAAAAAUGUUCGAUCUCAUACAUUACUUUUGCGACAUCAAAUACGCUUAGUGCCAUCAUCAACAAUGCUUCAUUGGCGACAAAAAUCCUAUAUUGAAAAGCCAGCGGUGAAAAAGUUAUUCAAAUUUGAGUUUAUUGCCGAAAUGACAGCACAUACGACACGAUACAAUGAUCCAAACGAAGGCUAUGACAAAGUUUUAUUAUUAAUGCAACAGUAUUUUACUCAGAAGGACCCAAAACAUCGUCCUUACGAUGGUACAAUGAUACGGCCAUCAGUAAAUCCGAGAAUGCGUAACGAAAUGAGACGUAAUGUACGAAUUGCCGGACUUCUGUUCGAGAAUGAUAUUGCAUUAGUUUUAUCACAAAUGAAAAUGUUACAAAUGUUGAAGGAACAUCGUGGAAAACGAAAAAUAAUCUCUGAUCCAAGCUUUUAUUGGAGAAAUUCAUCCAUUGCAUUUCGUUUUGGUGAUAAUGAUAGAGAUUGGCAAGAUAACAUUCGUAAAGCGCUUCGUUAUUGGGAGCAAGAAACAUGCUUACAUUUUGAGGAAAAUAAACUUGCUAAUGAUUAUUUAUUUUUUAUUAUUGGAAGUGGAUGUUACUCGAGUGUUGGAAGAUUAGGCGGUAGCCAAACAAUUUCUAUUGGCUAUGGUUGUGAAACUCUUGGGAUUAUUUCACAUGAACUUGGCCAUGCAUUGGGAUUUUGGCAUGAACAAGAGAGACCGGAGCGUGAUAAUUAUGUUCAUAUCAAUCUACAAAAUGCACUUAGUGGAACUGAAGGAAAUUUUGAGAAGCGUAAUCCGUCACAGCUGAUCAAUUUGGGUGUUCCGUAUGAUCUCGGAUCCGUGAUGCAUUAUUCCACUAAUACAUUCGCAAAACGAUUUAUGGACUUGACGGUGGAUCCGAUAGAUACGAAAUAUCGUUCAACAGUUGGCAAUCGUGUAGCACCAUCAUUCACCGAUUUCAAACAAAUUAAUUUACUUUAUUGUUUUGAUAAAUGUCGGAAAACAAAUUUACGAUGUCGCAAUGGUGGUUAUCCGAAUCCGAACAAUUGUAAUACCUGCAAGUGUCCGGAAGGCCUUGGUGGUCGAGAGUGCACUGAUUUGCAGUAUUCUCCAUGUGGUUAUGAACAGUUGGCCAGUAACGAAUGGCAGACAUUAGAAUAUUCUGGCUCAUCCAACUGUUAUUGGAGAAUUUCCUCGCGAAAUGGUCGUAUUCGUUUUGAGCUUACAGAAGCACACUACAAGUGUGAUCCGGUAUGUGAGGAAUAUGUAGAAGUGAAGCAUAAAUUUGACUUUCAAGUUUCCGGAUUUCGUUCUUGUUGUUUACCGGUCACAGGUGAAACUGUUUCUGAUGGCAAAAUGCUAAUUGUUAUAUCACGCGCUUCCAGAACUUCACGUUUCAUUCUUCGAUUUAUUAAUGGCUG